GAGGAGCCCCAGCAGAUGCCCCCAAUUCAUUGCAGGCCUCUCUGGGACUGGAGGGGGGGGUUGAAGAAUCCCAGGAGGUGCAGAGGAGAGGCUGUGGGGGGCUGAGUUGAGCAGGUGAAUAACACCAGGGCCCACUUACCCAUCUCCCUGAACAAUGGGGCCCUUCGGCUCUAUCAGAGCAGCACCUCCCUUGUCCUCUGCACUGACUUCAACCUCAGGGUGUCCUAUGACUGGAACAACCAUCUGAGCGUCACCACCCCAAUGACUUCUCCAACAGCCUGUGUCCCCAUUUCCCAGUGCGGAUGCCUACACAGAGGACUUUACUACCAGGCUGCAGAGACCUUCCACCGGAGCGGUUCAAUGCAGGAUGGUAGCUUGUGUCCAUAAAUGCCACCCAUUUGGCUCUGCAACCUGUUCUGCCUCUUGCCAUCCCCACUACCUGUCUUUCGAUGGGGUCUCCUUUGACUUCCAAGGCACCUGCACCUACAUCCUGGCCAAGACCUGCACCAAUGCCAGCCACCUUACACCAUUCACUAUCAGCAUAGAGAAAGAAUCCUGGGGCAGCGGGAACAUCUCCAUGGCCAAGCUGGUGUCAGUUCAGGUGUAUGGGAUCACACUCACCCUGCUGCAGAACAUACAGGGGCUCAUCAUGGUGGAUGGGGUGUUCCACAACCUCCCGGUGAUCACAGCCAACAGGCGGCUCCAAGCAUAUCAGCAUGGUACUAACAUCCUGGUGCAAACUGACUGUUCCACAGCGAUACCAGGCCCACACAUGUGGCCUGUGUGGGAACUACAGUGGAUGGCAGCAAAUUCCCGCUCCGCAAUGGCAGGACAGCCUCUGAUGUGGCAGCAUUUGGCUCUGCUUGGGAAGUCCAGGUCCCAGGAGCAUCAUGUGUAGACAGAUGUGCUGGGAACAGCUGUCCAGUUUGUGAGGAGAGGAAGAAGGACGUCUUCAAACAGCACCACUACUGUGG